UCGUAGGGACAGCAAAAAAAAAAUCAAAUUUUAAAAAUGUGCUCAAAGUUUGUGAUUUGUAUUUUAUUUUUUAUCUGUGGAGUGGUUUCGGUGCAGGCUUUGAAAGUAGAUGCGCCUGGAGUUUGUGUGGUGACUAAACAAGUAAGGAAGACGAGAGUGAUAUCGCAGACCUUCGUCAAAUUGUGUGGCCGAGGUAGAAGGUGUACAGCUGUUAGGAAGAAGCCUAUAGUAUUCACAAAGACAGAACGGCAAACAGUAUGCUGCAAGGGUUGGGUCUAUGAAGCACCGACCGAUUCUUGCGUGCCCUUCUGCAGCACUGGCUGCUAUGGCGGUCGUUGUGUCGCACCAGACCAAUGUGUGUGCGACCCACCAAAGAUACUAGACCCACAACACAACAACACAUGCGUUACACCAAUAUGCAGCUCGAACCAACACCCAUCACCCUGCGUCAACAGCGAAUGCCGUAACAACACGUGCAUCUGCAAUCAAGGAUAUGAGAGAUACAACACGACCCAUUGCUACAAAUGUGAGCCUGACUACAAGAUAGAUGAGGACUUCGUAUGCAGGCUGCACUGCGACCCAGGCUAUCUCGUCAACGGUGAUGAAUGUGAGCCAGUGUGCUAUACAUGUGUAAACGCCAAAUGUGUGUUACCCAAUGUAUGCCAAUGCUUCGAGGGUUACGGCGGUUUUGGGGAUGUCUGCGAACCAAUGUGCAAUUGUACGGGCAGAUGCAUAGCUCCCAACGUGUGUGAGUGCCCAGAGGGGUAUAGGAAUAUAAGUGGAGAAUGUGAACCGGUGUGUGAUAAGUGCGUGAACGGAGUGUGUACAGCUCCUGAUGUAUGCACGUGCCUCGACGGCUUUGCCAAGAACUCGACGACGGGCGAGUGUUAUGACUGCGAGAAAUCGUGUACACGCUGCGAUGAUAGCGGAAUCUGUUUGGACGAUUGUUCGCUUAUGCGAGAUCCGAGGACCAAGCGAUUAAGGCCGGCUUGCUGCGAAGGCUUCUUCUUCAAUCGCACGACUCAUUCAUGUCAACCUAAAUGCAAAGACGGGUGCUUACGAGGGCAUUGCGUCACGACGAAUCUUUGCACGUGUAAACCACCCCUGAUUCUGCACAACAACAAUGAGUGCAUUGACCCCCCACCUAAAUGCGAUAGACCCUGCAAAAACGCCAACUGCACAGCUACGAACACAUGCACAUGCCACGAUGGAUAUGAACAUUCAGGUCUGUCAAAGGACAUUUUCGAAUGCGAACCAGUCUGCCGAAGCUGUGAGAACGGCAAAUGUGUAGCGCCAGAAACUUGCGAAUGUAACACCAACUAUCAGAAGAUAAACGACAAAUGUGAACCAAUCUGCAAACGACCUUGUGAAAAUGGAAUUUGCGCUGCGCCCGAUAACUGCACAUGUAAUGUCGGUUAUGAAAAAGACCCGUUAGAUAUAUAUAUCUGUAGGCGUAUUUGCGAAACUCCAUGCGUCAACGGUUCCUGUGUAUCGGGUGUAUGUAAUUGCUAUCCUGGGUACACAGCAGUUAAUUCGACGGCCUGUGCUCCAAUCUGCACCAAUUGUACUCACGGAGACUGUAUAGCGCCUGAAACAUGCAAAUGUCACCAGGGUUAUAGUUUAGAUGCUGGAGAGUGCAGGCCAAUUUGUAAAAGAGGUUGUGUAAAUGGGUCCUGCGUUGCUCCAGAUCAAUGUGAAUGUUUAGAUGGGUAUAGAAAGAGUAAAGAUAGCGCAGUAUGUGAACGUGAUGAUCCCAUUUGUGGAAAUUGCGAUAAUGGGAGAUGCGUAUCACGUAACGUUUGCUUCUGUAACGAGGGCUAUGUAAUGGUGGAUGGGAGGUGCAAACCGACUUGCUCGAAGCCCUGUGUGAAUGGAGAGUGUGUCGAGCCGAACAAAUGCGAAUGCCUGGAUGGGUUUACUCGAAACGAAACAGAUGUGACGUCUUGUUACAAGAAUUGCUCGUGCGAUAACGGCGUGUGUAAGGACGGUGAAUGCGUCUGCAACAGAGGGUUUGAUUUGGUGAAUGAUACCUGCACCAUAAUUAAGCCGAUCGAUUGCAGCAGUUGUAAUAGCUCCUGCCCCGACGAACUUUGUUGGUGUAGCGAUGGAAUACCAUGUCACAAGGUUGAGGAUAGUGCUGAAGAGUCUUCAGCCGUAAGGUUGGCUGGUCUCGAGAUGGGAUGGCUGUUGGGAGGCUGUGUGGGAAUCUUGUUGGUGACCGCCAUGAUUAUCGUCAUUGGCCACAUCUGGAGGAAGAACCGGUACAAUGGAACGGAAACGUUGGCAAACGGUGAUCAUGGUAAUAGUCCGUGGAAUGGCAGUAUCCUCUUCACAGCACCGGAAACAUUGAAGAAACGAGGUAUACACGAUAUUCAUACUAAUAUCGAAGAACACGAUGAAAAUACAGAAAUUGACCCUCUCGCACCUGCUGUGGUUUCAGAUCAUAGAAUAUAAUGUAGUAAUAAAGAGGGUGGUAGUAAAUACAAGAGGUGCUAUCUAAGAGACCGGUCGCUAAUAAUUCAUUGAUUCGCUUGAUUGGUCCCUUGGAAAUUUUUGGGUAUUUAACGAUUUA